AUGAGAGUGGGUAAGAAGCCUUCGAAAAAAGCUGUCAAGAAACUUCAUGGUGCCAUCAAGGGAAUUUUAAAGAGAGAGUCAGCUCAACCCACUGAAAAUAGGAAGGAUGAAGAAACUAAUGAUAAACGACCACUGAUACCUGACAUUACAGAAUCUGUUGAAGAAGAGAGUACACAACUUGAUAAAUUCAAAGGACAUCGAAAUAGAGCUUCUGGAAAGCUAAAGGGUAACAAUACUUUUGAGGAAAAAAAUGGUAUUUUGUAUAUAAUGUCAAAGGAAAACCAAUUAAUCCCCAGAUUAACCGACGACGAAGUAAUGAAAUUACAUAAGAAAGCUGAUGAGAACAUGAAGCAAGUCUGGAACGAUAUAAUUGCGAAAUAUGAAGCUGUAGAAAAUCAAGGUGAUGUGAUUGAUCUACAAACUGGUGAGUUGAUUGAAGAUAAUGGUCAUAUUAGGGGAAUUUCUCAUGAAAAUAGCGAAACGAGGUACGCAAGUAGUCUUAAGGGAUUGAUAGAUGUAGAGGAAGAUGGUGACGGUUAUAGCAUUUGGCAAGAUGAGGGUGAAGAAGAUGAAGAUAACGAGGAAGACGAUUUUGAUUAUAAAGAGGAAUCAGCCGAAUCUAGUCCGGAAAGCGAAUCCAUAGGACAACAAGAAGAAGAGGCAACAGGAUGA